AUCAAGCUCGCGCAGCAACAUAUUGUGCGUGAUUUAAUCUAAACCGUGCUUACUCUCUCGUGUCACAAAAGCUUGAUUGCCUACUUUUUCAGGAUGGCGAACCCGGUCACCGAAAUCGACGUCGACCUCAACACUCAAGAAGUCCUUCUCGCAGCGUCACAGCACGACACCGCAAAGCUCCGACGGCUCCUCCGUGCCAACGAUGCGGCCGGGAACCCCGCCAAUGUCAAGGACCCUGAGACAGGUUAUUCACCGCUUCACGCCGCCAUUGCAGCCUGUGAACCUGACGAGGAGGAAGACGUGAAAUCAAAUGGUGUCCAGACAAAUGGGGACCGACAAACCCACGGGCAGGAGAGCACAGUUGAGGCCGCCGUCCAGACCGUGAAACUUCUUUUGCAGGAGGGCGCUAUCUGGAACGACCUGGAUUUAAACAAUGAGACUCCCGGUUGUAUUGCGAGGAGGCUGGGACUGACUGAGCUAUAUGACAUGGUCGUGGAUGCGGGAGUUAGGGCAGAGCUGCUGUUGAACAGGUUGGAUGGGUAUGAGCAAUUGUCGGAUGAAGAAAUGGAAGAAGAUGGGGAACAAGAGCAAGAGCAACAGGACGCCGCCGUCGCCGCCGACGCAAGCAUUACAAACACAGCAGAGGACGAGUCCGUCCCGCAGCUAGUUGAUACCACAGCUGCAGCACCUCCACAAACAGCAGAUGCGGAGCCCAGUGUCACAAGCUCCCGCUACCUGAACUCAGACCUCACAUUCCAGCAAGACCGACUUCUCGACCAGGACCAAAACGGCGUAAUGAUGGCCUGGGAGUCGGACAUCAUGGCCAAGUCCGCAAAGCAACUCCUCCCGACACCAGGUCUCCGCGUCCUCAACGUCGGACACGGAAUGGGCAUCGUCGACGGCUUCAUCCAAGAGCAGUCGCCGUCAGCACACCAUAUUAUUGAAGCGCAUCCAGCCGUUGUCGCAGAAAUGAAGCGGAAAGGCUGGCACGAAAAGCCGGGAGUCGUGAUUCAUGAGGGCAAGUGGCAGGAUAUACUUCCGGGCCUCGUAGCUGAAGGCGUGAUGUUUGACGCGAUCUACUACGACACCUUCGCAGAGUCUUAUGCGGAUUUCCGAGAGUUCUUCACGGAGCAGGUGAUCGGAGUGUUGGAGCAAGAGGGAAAAUGGAGCUUCUUCAAUGGCAUGGGCGCAGACCGACAAAUCAGCUACGAUGUUUAUCAAAAGGUCGUAGAGAUGGAUCUCUUCGAGGCGGGAUUCGAUGUCGAGUGGGAGGAGAUCGAUGUGCCGAAGCUCGAAGGCGAGUGGAACGGUGUCCGUCGGCCGUACUGGAGUAUAGACAAGUAUCGGUUGCCGCUGUGCAAGUACAUGGAUUGAGUGCAUAUAGACAAUAUGCGGGCGAAUUUUAUGACUUGAGUACCUGCGAGGCGUCAAGAGACAAA